CCUAGCCCCGGGCCCCCGGAACGCAGUUGCUUCCUACCCCCUUUCCACCAUUCCCUUCGUUGCUCCUCUUCCCCUUUCGCUUGGCGUCUCCUCCAAUCGAAUUGGUUUCCUUCACCAAAUCUUAGGGUUAGGGUUUCGUCUAUUCCUUCCCUUCCUCGCCAAAUUAGCGCGUCGCGAGGGCUAGCGCUGCGUGUGAUGAUGGGCACCGCCGUUGAGCUCGGCCGGAGGCACGGCGAGGACCGCUUCGACGACGCCGCCAGGGCCCGCCGAGGCCACCAGCGCGGCCUCCCUAAGUCGCGGUGGUCCACCGCCGCCGCCGACCAGGAGAAGCCGCCGGAGGUGCCAUCUUCGGCGGCGGCCCCCGGCGUUUCGGGAAACCUCCAGCUUUUCGUGGCCGCCGUGACGCCGUCCGUGCCGGCGCAGUAUCCCUCCAAGAGAGCGGUGAGGGGGUGGAGGAGUGGCGGCGUGGCCGACGAGCAGGAUAGGCCGUACUUUGAUCUCCGCGACGUGUGGGAGGCAUACAGUGAGUGGAGCGCGUAUGGUGCCGGCGUGCCACUCAUGCUUGAUGGGUGCGACGGGGUCGUCCAGUACUAUGUGCCCUACUUGUCUGCUAUCCAGCUCUACGGAGACCCCGCAAUCCUGCGGCCAUCUCCUAGCCCAAGCAGGCAUAUGAUGAAUGACAGUGAUGUAGAUAGCCACGACUCCAGCAGUGAUGCAAGCAGCGAUUAUGAACAUGGAAGGCUAAAGCAUCUUACACAUGAAGGUUUCUCAAGUGAUGAUGGUGAAUCUGGAGAUCUUCAUGGUCGCUUGCUUUUUCAAUACCUUGAGUUUGAUUCUCCAUUUUGUCGUGAACCAUUGAGUGACAAGGUUUCUAGCCUUUCCUCUAGAUUUCCUGGAUUGAAGGCCUUAAAAAGUUGUGAUUUGUCACAGCGAAGUUGGAUGUCUGUUGCUUGGUAUGCUUUUCAUAUUAUGAAUACUUUAUUGGUGCUUCUUAAAGAUGUAACUAAUCAAGUUUUGCAAGAUUGCAGGUAUCCAAUAUACCGUAUCCCUACAGGCCCAACAUUAAGAGAUCUGGAUGCUUGCUUUCUGACUUUCCAUCAGCUUUCAACUUGCAGAGGUCAUGGUGGUACUUUAAAAUAUCCAUGGGGUCCUGAUGGCACACCAACAAUAUCACUCCCUAUCUUUGGUAUGACUUCAUACAAGUUUAGCAAGUCGGUAUGGUCUUCGACUGAUGGGGAUUGGCAGCUGGCUAGUGGCUUACUGCAAUCUGCUGCUGAUUGGCUGCGAGAUAGACAUGCCAGCCAUCCGGAUUAUCAGUUCUUUGUCUCACGUGGUGCGUACAGCACGUAGUGGCACCAAAUCCACACCUUUGACAGAAUUUGCUACAGAAUGUCUGGAAGGGAAGGAGUUGGUUGUAACAUAACCAAAGGAAUCGAACGUCUUGCUGCAUUCAUACUCUGAUGCAUGUCUCGAGACAGGGUUGUUCCCAAGUGGGAAGCAAGCAGUGUUGUUCUGCGUUGUAAAGUGCAUUAAUUGGAGGGUUCGAUCGGCCGUGUUUUGUUAUACUCGGUCGGUAAUCCUCCUAAGAAAAUCUGGGACGAAAAACAGUGAGGGAACAUGGACUUGUUGCACUUGUUUUUCGAAUCAUCUGUGGCUCCUUGUUAGAUAGAGCUGCUGAACUUUCUUAUGUAUUACAAAAAUACGGGGGAUAAGUUUUGAUGAGAUCCCCUUAAAUGUCUGUAAACUUGUGAAUGCUUGUCGAGACAGCAUAGUGCUGUUUUAAGAACUUGUUGAUUAGCAACCUGUCAUCUGCCACGUCAUUCUACACAACCUGGGUUUACAAGUAAUUGAAGAGAGAUAAAUAAGUAGAGGGAAUAAAAAACCUUAUUAUUGA